UACCAGUCAUUAGGCAAGCCGUCACUAUACACGCCUUUCAUCCUAAAAGUUGGCCUUGAAAACGCGAGCCGGUUUCGGUUAAUGAUACUGUCUCGUUGUCUUCGUAUCUAGACUGCUACUUCGAACAAAAUGGGCGUUGGACAGUCACGCGAAGAUGCUGGGCAUGCUUCUCCAGAAACAGAAAAUUUGAGCCUCAUACUGGCGGAACGUUUUGCAACAAAGUGCUUCACGCCCUUAGAGCUCACCCACUUCAAAGACAACUUCUUUACCCGUGCAACAGAACAGGAUGGACUCAAGUACUGGAACGAGAAAACACUCUCUGACUUCCUUGGUAUCCCGGACCAAAGUGACGCCCAUUGCCCUUUGGAUGCCGGCCCAGUUAUAUUCCGCAUGGUUUCGUAUCUUGGAGCCUUUCCUUUCCAGAAUUCCCUGGCCCCUAGUGUUCUCACGUUUGAGGCUAUGGUUAAGGUGGCCGUGUUGCUGACGGAGCGAUACGGGAAGGUUCUUCGUCGAGGGCAAAAGAACAGGAUCAGGUUGUUGUUUGGUAGCCUUGCCGAUGUUGGAAGAAAGGAAGUUGAGGGGCCACCGGAGAAUGAGAAUGAGAACAAGGCUGAAGAUGCACCCCGUUCACACGCUCCUGGGUUCGAUGUUGAUGCGCCAGCCAACGAUAAUUAUGACGAGGAUGAGGAUGAUGACCUCGCGCUUGCUGCACUGGAAUCGUUGGAUGCCAUCGAAGUUUUCAAGCACGACUCACGCAUAGAUAGGAGACUCUAUGAGGCUCGUAUCUCUGUGAGCACUUUUCGUCGCCUUCUGAUGCUCUUGCUAGUUGUCGCCCCAUUGAAGACUCUAGAGGAUGUCAACCUCUAUAUGGCUGAUCUUACUGAAGAACGAAUGAAAACUGUACGAGAAGAAACGGAUAGCAUUCUGGCGGCCUUUGAUCAAGAGUCGUCUGGAGGGAUCAGUUACAAAACAUUCGCAGACACGAUUACCACAUCUUUUCCCUACCUCUUCGACCCGCUAACGCCAUUGUUUGAACACCUUCUUUUCAGCAAAAACUUAGACUUCGCUAGGAGCCGCGGAGGUGAUACCGCUGAAACGGACCCAGCUUCAUCAGAUUCGGGACCUGUGGAAGCUUCAUCUAUACCAAUUACGGUUCCGGGAAGCUUCGAAUCAGCCAUCCUGAGCUCCAGCAUAGUGUCCCACCUUUCAUUCUUCCUUCCUUCAACGUCGGCCGACAAAAACAUUCUUCACGGAAAUGUCCGCCUUCACCCGGUUUUCUCAACCGCAGCACACGGUUCCUCGCUGACCUCCUUCUCCCACAACGUCCUCACUUGGCAAUCAGGAACACUACUCCUGCUCGAAGGAUUAGACACCGAUACAGGCAACUCACUCAAGAUAGGCGCAUACCUACCCCAGCCCUGGAAAUCACCUACAUCGAGUCACAGUACCUCGAAAUUCUCCACUUCCGUCCUCCACUCUCUCUUCCAACUCUCUCCUCAACACGUCCUGCUACCAGGAAACCCGUCCUCAUCCGUUCUUGAUACACCAAAUACCCCCAUCGCCUACUUCUCAACGCACCACGGCAUCUCAAUCGGCUGCCAAAUACCGCCUUCCUCCAGAACCCAAAAGCUGCCACCCACUCCCCACGGCGCGGGAAGUCUUACAAUCGACACGGGUCUUGAAUUCGCAGACUUCCACGUUUCCUCUUUCGGGACUAACGGUGUCUUUCUACCCCCCAGUGCACAAUUAUCAAUAUCUUCCUCCUCCACAUCUCCAUCCAAGACGCGUAUCGAAAUUUAUAACCUGGAAAUAUGGGGCCUGCUCCCUGACCCGGAUGGCUCAUCAUCGAACGGGCAAGAAAAGAAGAGCGCCGUUGAACUGCAACAAGCGAAAUGGGAUUUCGAGGCUAGAGAGGCGGAGCGGAGACGCCAUGUCAAUUUUAAUGCCGGAGGCGCAGAUUCCGCUGUUGAGCAGGCGAGGUGGUUGUUGGAGACGGCGGGAAUAAUUGGGAAUGAUAGCGGUGCUGGGAGGACUGGGGGAAGCACUUGAUAUAAUUAAUUAUUGUUGUUUGUACGUAAUUCUUGGAGUUAAUUUCAAAUUUCUUUUCAUGGUCCAUUGAUGUAUCGUUGUAUGGAGUGGUUUAUUAUAUUUGUGAAUAAAGAGCUGUACAAGGCUUAGUAUAUU